UCUGGCCCUUGCUCUAGGAAUAGAGGUUGCAAUUGACAUUGGUGGCUGCAGCAAAGCAAUGUGAUCCUAUUUGGAAAUUCUUUUCUCUAUUAGACAAAGUCAUUAAUAUUGUAAAGUAUUCUGCUAAGCGCAAUACAGAACUACAAGAUGCUCAUAGAUUAGAAAUUGGUGCUAUGUUGGAAAGUGGGGAGCGACAAUCUCGGCGAGGGGCCAACCAAAUGUCAUCUUUACAGCGUUCAGGUACAACUCGUUGGGGCUCUCAUUAUGAAUAUGUUCCAAGUAUGCUUGAAUUGUAUAAUGCAACUUGCAAGGUGCUUGAAAAUAUUGCUUGUGAUGGGUCAAAUUCAAAGACCCGAAAUGAAGCAGAGGGAGCGUGCUCAAGUAUUCAAAGUUUUAAUUUUGUGUUUAGUUUGCAUGCCAUGAGAGCUAUUAUGGGCAUAACUGACUUUGUUUGUCAAGCAUUUCAAAAGCAAUAUGUUGACAUUUUAUCUGCGCUUGGAUAUGUUUCAAC